AUGUGUCCGGUAGAAGAACGCUGGUCAGUAUCGCAGUUGAUAAUUAGCAUCCACAUAGCAACCAUGACUCGCUCUCACAAACAGAACGACCGUGACCAUGCCGGCCUCGCUGACGGCACUGCCGAAGAAUCCCAGCACCUUCCUCGCUACUUCGCCAAGUCUGGUCACGUCGACGCCGACCCAAAGAAGGUGAAGAAAGAGGGUGGAGGCAAAGGCAAUUGGGGCACUCCCGGAGACGAGUCUCAGGACUAUGGUUACAACUUCACCAAUGCCCGUCGUCGUUCCAACAGCAGCUCUCACGGUCAUGCCAUUGGCGACUUCAAGACCAAGUUCGAGACUGUCGAGGCCGAUCCCGUCUUUGAGGAAGAAUACCAUGGGGCAAAGGAUGAUGCUGGGGUAGAUGAGCACUUGGGUCUCGAGAAGGGAGAUAGCGCGGAUAGCAUCAGCGGUGGUAGCAUUGAGGAAGAGGAGCAUGCGAAGAAGGUCUAG